CCCCGCGGCUCCAUGGACGCGCUCCCGGCCGAGGCCUCCUGCCCCAUCUGCCUGGAAUUCUUCCGGGACCCCGUGUCCAUCCACUGCGGCCACCACUUCUGCCGGGCGUGCAUCGAGCGCUGCUGGGAGUGGCCCACGGACCGGUUCGCCUGCCCGCGGUGCCGGGACACGGCCCCGCAGCGGAGCCUCCGACCCAGCCCGGAGCUGGCGCGGGUGCUGGAGAUCGCCCGGCGGCUGAGCCGAGGGGAAGCGCUGGGGGGCGAUGAGGAGGAGGAGGAGGAGGGUGAGGAAGGAUGCCGGAGGCACCGGGAGCCGCUGGAGGUUUUCUGCCGGCAGGACGGAGCUCUGCUGUGCGCGAUCUGCCGCGAGUCCCGGGCGCACCGCGCCCACACCGUGCUCCCGCUGCCGGAGGCCGCCCGGGAAUUCAAGGAGCAAAUCCAGGCUCGGCUGCAAACCCUGAAGGACGACAGAGACAAACUCCUCGAGUUCCGGGAGGCUGAAAUGAGGAGAAACUGGGAGUUUUUGGAGAAGACCGAAGCCGAGCGGCAGAGAAUCCUGUCGCACUUCCAGGGGCUGCGCCUGGCCCUGGAGGAGCUGUCCCGUCACCUCCUGGCCCGCCUGGGGCGCCUGGAGGGCGACAUCGCCACGGUCCAGGACGAAAACGUGACGGGCCUGACCCAGGAGAUCUCCCGGCUGGACGCCCGGGUCCAGGAGCUGGAGGAAAAGUGCGAGCAACCUGCCAGGACCUUCCUGCAGGACAUCAGCGGCACCUUGAGCAGCCUCGGAAAGGAAAAGCUCCAGCUGCCCCCGUCUCCUCUUCCAGAGCUGGAAAAGAAAAUUCACCGCUUCAGGGAGGAAAAUAUUCUCCUGGAGGAGACGCUGAGGAGCUUCCAAGACACGCUGGUGUUCGAGCUGCCCGAGAAAAUGACGGUCACCCUGGACCCCAGCACGGCUCAUCCCCAGCUCCUCGUGGCGCCCGACGGCAGCAGCGUCAGCUGGGAAAGCCGGGACCCUCCCGGAACCGGAGCCGAACCCGCAGCGGGACCCGGACCCGGCACCGACCCCUCCGUGCUGGGCCGCGAGGGCGUCACCGCCGGGAGGCGCUGCUGGGACGUGCGGGUGACCCCCGAGGGGUCCUGGGCCCUGGGGGUGGCCACGGAGACCCCCGGGAGUGGGGGUGAGACCCUCGGGAGGACCCCCGGGAUGGGGACAGGGACCCCCGGGAGCGCCGAGUGGGAUCUCUGGUCCAUGGGGCUCUGCCAGGGCCAGUUCUGGGCUCUCACCUCGCUGGAGCGCAUCCCGCUGUUCCCGGUGCGGGCUCCCGGCAGGGUGCGGGUGGCGCUGGACUACGAGAGGGGCCAGGUGGCUUUUUUCGAUGCCGACCAGAGGAGCCUGAUCUUCGCCUUCCCGGCGGCCUCGUUCAAGGGCCGCAGCGUCCGGCCCUGGUUCCUGGUGUGCGAGGGCUCCCGGCUCACGCUGUGCCCCUGAGCGCCCCAAAUCCCCGGGGUUUUCACCCAUUCCCGGAGUUCCGGGGACUCCACUCCCUCGGGGUCGCUGUCCCGAGUUGUCACCCCCAAAUCUGGGGGCUCAAAACGGAGCCGGGUCUGUCCCACCCCGUCCUAACCCUAACCCAACCCCUUUUCUCUCCUCUCCUCUGAUUUCGGAUGAAGCAAAAACCCAACACUGACGAGUUUUAACUUCUUCUGUUUCGUCUUUGCUGCUCCUGGAU